AUGACUUCGCAAGCUCCUUCUCAGACUGCGCCUGCUCAAGGCGCGGCACCCUCGAUUCCAAACCUCAAAGAUCGGCUACCCAAACUCGAACCGCGAAGGCGACGUCAAACGCCAGGGAAUCCAACUCCCAUCCCCGAGACGCCCGCCCUGCCCGCGCCUCCCGACACGUCCAGCUGGACCUACAAGACACCGUCACGGAGGAUUUUGUCAAGACAAGAUCAUGACAUUUUCUUGUCCUCGCCGACAUACAAGCUCAUCACGGGAUGGGUCUUUGGUCUUGCAGAGUCUGUGGUCGACGUUCCCAACUCGUCCGUCCGUGACAGCGAUCUCAGCAGCCCUAUCAAGACCAUUUUGAGCAUCCUCGACGAGGCAGAGCAGCUGGUAGCCAAAUCACCACCAAACGAACAAGGCGGAUCACGUUUCGGAAACAAGGCGUUCCGUGGAUUCCUCGACCUUGCGGAGAAGAACAGCCCGGCCUGGCACCGACAGCUUGGCCUGGAGAACGACGCCGCCAUCGCCGAACUCUCGACUUAUUUCUGCCAAUCUUUUGGCAAUGGCAACCGUAUCGACUAUGGCUCUGGACACGAGCUCAACUUUAUGAUAUGGCUCCUUUGUCUUUACCAGCUCGGGUUGUUGCAGAGAUCCGACUUCAAGCCUCUGGUCUUGCGAGUCUUUGUACGCUAUCUCGCUGUGAUGCGUAUUGUUCAGAUGACCUACUAUUUGGAACCGGCGGGAUCUCAUGGAGUCUGGGGACUCGACGAUUAUCAGUUCCUCCCGUUUCUGUUUGGUGCGUCACAACUGCUGCACCACCCAUACAUCACCCCACGCGCCAUCCACCAGGAUCUCACCUUGGAGGAGUUUGGCGAGGAAUACAUGUACCUGGGUCAGGUCAGCUUCGUAAACAGUACAAAGACUGUCAAGGGCCUGCGGUGGCACAGCCCCAUGCUUGACGACAUCUCGUCGGCAAAGUCGUGGACAAAGAUCGACGGAGGAAUGCGUCGCAUGUUUGUCGCCGAGGUACUAGGUAAGCUGCCCGUGAUGCAGCAUUUCCUCUUUGGGUCAUUGGUGCCAGCGGCCGACGGCAUGAGCGAGGAAGACGCGGCUGGCUUUGAAGAGGAGGAGGCCGAGCAUGAUCAUUCUGGUCACAGUCAUACUGGCCUGGCACACGAUGGAACGGGUUGGGGCGACUGCUGUGGUAUCAAGGUUCCAAGCAGUCUCGCGGCCGCUCAGGAGAUGAAGAAGAGAGGCGCAGGCCAAGCCUUGCGGAGAAUCCCCUUCGAUUAA